UCGUGCGAUUAUGAUGAGUGGCCUCAGCCUCAGAGCCGCAACAGUGAGACCUCACCCCAACUACCUCCUCAGACAGUUUCUUCUCCAUUCUCCAUUCUCAAGCUCCAUCUCCUUUUCUCCUUAUCUCCAACAGCUCACGCAGCCACCACCGUAACCUCCAUUGGAUGUUUCAUAAAAUGAUUCAAAGAAUGACGUUGGUUGAAUAUAUAUUUACAUAUAUUUGAACCCCCUGCCCUGGUUCUAGAGAUUUGGCUGGCUGAGUAUGAGCUAUCCAGAGGAUGCAGUUAUGUCUAAGUACUGCUGUGGUGCCCCUUCUUUCCCUUCUGAGCAGUGAGGUGUUUAUCACAUUAAAAGACAAAUUGACGUUUACCAGACAAACUGAGUUAUAUCCUUCCACAAUGAUCAAUGAUACAACGUCGUUUCAAUUUUAUUCGAUCAUUCUCUGGCUCUUCUGUACCAGUGCAAGGACCCUCUACGACUCCGAGCACAACCAAUAUUGUCCAAUGCAACCACAAGAUUCAACAACUUACUCAAUUCGGCCGAGUUGCCGAGGCAUGUCAAGUGUUCAACUCAAUGUGUCAACGAGACCCAAUUUCUUGGAACUCCAUGAUUUCUGGGUUCACUCAGUAUGGGUUGUUGCAUGAAGCUCAAACAUUCUUUAAUGCAUUCCAAGGCAAGAAUGUUAGAACUUGGACCAUUUUGUUGAGUGGGUAUGCGAAACAUGGGAUGUUGGACAAAGCUAGAAUGGUGUUUGAAUCAAUGCCCGAGCGUAAUGUUGUUUCUUGGAAUGCUAUGAUUAGUGGGUAUAUCCAAAAUGGUCACUUGAAACAAGCUAGAGAGUUGUUCGAUCAAAUGCCCGAGAGAAACAUUGCAUCAUGGAAUUCUAUGAUUACUGGAUAUUGUCACAGUGGCAUUAUGAGUGUAGCUCGUGAGCUCUUUGACCAAAUGAAGGAAAGGAGUUGUGUUUCUUGGAUGGCUGUCAUUUCUGGGUAUGUUGCGAUAAAUGAUUUUCUCGAGGCAUGGACUGUCUCUCUGAUGAUGUUGAGGAGCGGAAUGGUGCCAGACCAGGGUCUUUUUGUUGUCGUUUUAUCAGCAGCCAUAGGGUUGAACAAGUUCAGACUAGUUGAAAGUUUGAGAACAACGUCGACAAAGAUGGGAUAUGAAGGGCAUGUGUUUGUGGGGACAUCUAUUUUGAAUGCUUACUCAAGGAAUGGGAGCUUAGAUCAUGCCGUGAAGUUUUUUGAGACAAUGCCGGAAAGGAACGACUACUCGUGGACCACAAUGAUUGCAGUACUUUCACAGUGUGGCAGGUUAGAUGAUGCUAUAUCACUAUAUGAUAGAGCUACUGAGAAGGGAGUUGCUACAAGGACGGCAAUGAUGACUGCCUAUGCUCAGCAUGGAAAGCUUUCUAAAGCCAGACAAAUAUUUGAUGAAAUUCCAAAUCCAAAUGUGGUAACGUGGAAUGCUAUGGUUGCUGCCUAUGCUCAAAAUGGAAUGCUUGAAGAAGCAAAAACUAUGUUUUCUAGAAUCCCUCUCCGGAAUUCAGCUUCUUGGGCAGCCAUGAUUUCUGGGCUUGUACAGAGUGGACAAAGCACAGAAGCUCUAAAGCUGUUUGCCGAGCUUCAUAGAUCAGGAACUUCCAUUAAUCAUUCGAGUUUCACGAGUGCUCUCUUUGCUUGUGCAAAUGCGGGAGAUGAAGGCAUUGGUCAACAGAUUCACUCACUCACCAUCAAAACAAGGUGUCAUUCUAAUUCCUUCAUUGGAAAUGGGUUGAUCUCCAUGUAUGCAAAGUGCAAAAACAUAGAGGACACAUCACAAGAUUUCAGUAUAAUGAGAGUGACAGACUGCGCAUCUAGAAACCCAGUAAUUAGAGGUCUUUCAGACUUUCAUAUAUUGCAGGAAGCUCGAAAAGUUUUUGAUAAUAUGCCUAUAAGGGAUGUGGUGUCUUGGACUGCUAUCAUAUCAGCUUAUGAACAAGCUGGCCAAGUAGAUACUGCCUUAAAAUUGUUCCUUGAAAUGUUGGCUAUUGGAAUGAAACCAAAUGCAUUAACAGUUACUAGUGUCCUUAGUGCUUGUGGGUGCCAUGGAGCGACAAGGCUUGGGGAACAAAUCCAUGUCCUGAUACACAAACUUGGAUUGAAUUCAUAUUUGUUUUUGUGUAAUGCCUUGUUGACAAUGUACUUCAAGUGUGGGAGUUUAGAUGGUCUUCGCAUCUUUGAAAAGAUGCCAGACAGAGACAUUGUUACAUGGAAUGCUGUUUUAGCUGGUUGUGCACAAAAUGGAUUAGGUAAAGAAGCUGUUAGGAUUUUCGAACAAAUGCAAGCUAAUGGGGUUUCACCAAAUGAAAUCAGUUUUUUGGGGAUUUUAUGUGCUUGCAGCCAUGCAGGAUUAGUGGAAAAUGGAUGGUUGUAUUUCAACUCCAUGGAACAAGAUUACGCCAUUACCCCCUCAGUUCAUCACUAUACCUGUAUGGUUGACCUCCUUGGCAGAGUAGGACGGCUUAAUGAUGCUGCAUCUCUCGUCGAAAACAUGCCUUUGGAACCAGAUUCUGCAAUUUGGAAGGCACUUCUUGGUGCUUGUUCGAUCCAUCGUGACAACAAACUUGGCCAGAAAGUUGCUGAAAAGCUUUUGAAAAUGGGGAAGCAAAGAUCUGGGACCUAUGUUUUGUUAUCGAAUAUGUAUGCGUCUCAAGGUAUGUGGGAGAAAGUACAAGAAAUAAGAGAACUGAUGAAACACAGGGGAGUUACCAAAGAACCUGCAGUUAGCUGGGUUCAGAUCAAGAAUAAGGUGCACUAUUUUCAAAUAGGGGAUAAGAGACAUGAUGAGAUUGAAGAGAUAAACUCAAAACUAAAGGACUUGUACAGAAACUUCAAAGCAACAGGUUAUGUGCCAGACACAAAUUUUGUUCUACACGACGUGGAGGAGGAGCAGAAGCAGGAUGAGCUUCUUCACCACAGUGAGAAAUUAGCAGUUGUUUAUGGGAUCAUGCGUACGCCCAGUGGGAGUCCAAUUCAGAUUCUGAAGAACCUCAGAAUCUGUGGAGACUGUCACUCUUUUAUGAAAUUUGUCUCCCAAAUCAACCAGCGGAAGAUCAUCAUUCGAGAUGGAAACAGAUUCCACCACUUUCAAGAUGGUUUCUGUUCUUGUGGGGAUCAUUGGUGAUCAUGUUUCAACCAUAGAAAUCUUAUCCAUUUUUUCAUGGGAUCACUGGAAUUUGUAAAAAUUUGAAAACAACAAAAAUAAAUAGAUCACUUAUUAGAUGACCACUAUAUGAUAAUCACAUACACAGUACUUAGCUAUAAAUUAAGCACUACGAAAUUUCAAUUUAGUUUCAAUCUUCAAUCAUCAUUCAUCUCCAAGGGACUGAAUAGAAACAACCACCAGUGAAAAGAGAGAUUUGAACCUUCCUACUGUUAGUUAUCCUAUGAUUAUAAAUGUUCAGUUUGCUUGCUUUCGUUAUCAUUUUGUAUUAUCCUUUUAUUGUAUGGCUUUCUAAAUCAUUCUAUGAACACAUCAAAUAAA